AUGAAGGGGUGGUUCGACGCGUUCCGCGAGGAAGGCGGGCCGACUCUUUAUGCGUACCACAACCGGACGGCGGUGGCGGCCGACGUACCAGCGCUCGCGCUAGUACUGGCCGCGCUCACGCUAUAUCUCGCCUUCCUCGCCAUCUUCCCAGGCAUCAGGAAAGAGAGGUUCACGACGUUCACCAUAGUCACACUCAGCCUUUUCGUUGGCACCGUUAUAUUAGUGUGUAAGCACAGUUCGUCAUGGCACGUGGCGGGGUCCCGCGUUUCCCGCGCCGCGUACCGCGCCUUCUCCGCGGAACGGCUGGACUGCUGGCUGGCGGUUCAUGUGGGCUUGGGACACGUCAACGUCACGCUCACUGCGUUAUCAUGGGGCAAUACAACUAUAGGUGACCCCGGCGUGGACUACAACGAGCAGUUCCGAUGGGAGGAGGCGGGCGCGAUGCAGGAGUGGUACCGCGCCGGUCUAGAGCGGGGCCUGCCAUACCCAGUGCUGUCAGUUGCGGAGCACUUUGCAGCUCAACACGAGGGCUUCGAGUGGGGGGCCAAGUACCGAGCUGCGGGGUACACCACCUCUACUCUAUUAUGGACAGCAUUAGCGUUUUGGCUCCUAAUGAACUUGCUGCUAGUGGUAGUGCCACGGUAUGGCGCGUAUGCGAUGGCUACGGUCGGUGUGACUCUGUGCGCGGCGGCGGGCGGCUACUGGGCGUCUCUACCGCACGCGCCGCUUAUUGUGCGACUCGACGGAGCGAUGCUAUUCUUCUCGCUAGGAUGGUGCUUCUGGCUGGUACUCAUCGCAGGUAGCAUCUGCGUGGUUGUAGGCCUGCUGAUAGCCGCACUGGACCUGGCAUGGCCGCAUCGGUUCUCGACGGUGCUUGAAGUGGACUACGACACGCCGUACGACAGACACGUGCUCAUUGUUGACAGCCGGCAGAGAGCACGGCCGCAAACCCAAAGCUCUCUACCGUCUAGAAUACUCAGGAGGCUAUCAUCGAAAACGAAAGAUACCGAGGGGCAGGUUUCGAUGUCAGUGGUGAGCGAAAGCGAGCGCGGGCGCGACAACCCCGCUUUCCAGCACGAGCAGAGAAAGCCCAACUCGCCCUGGAGAUAUCCGCUCUUUAGGAGGCAGAUUGAUAGAGCGGAUUCGGCGUCGAGCCUGGGGUCGAGUAUCAACGGCAACAGUACCGCCAUUAAGAUGUCGCCGCUGGCCGCCGACGCCCCCGCCGCCGCACACGCCAUCCCCCCGUACAGAUUUCGACCACAAAUACCAGCCACAGAACGAGUGAAGGAUAUGUGGUGA